AUGGCCAAACCACCAUCAACAAAUCUUGUGCAAGAUUCAAUGAAACCCUACAAACCCAAAGAAUAUUACCCUGAAAAAGCCAAGGGCGUAUCCUUCUUGGCCUUUUUCGUCUCCAUAUGCUUUUACAUUUCCAUCUUCUACAUCUUCAACCUCUCUCUCUCCACUCUCUUCCACAACACCAAGUUCUGGUUUGCCAUAUCCAACACUCUCAUCCUCAUCAUUGCAGCUGACUAUGGCGCCUUCUCUUCCUCCAACGAUAAUAUACAAGACCAGAAUCUUUACCAAGAGUACAUGAUCCACCGUCAAGCUCGAAGUGUUUCCUCAUUUGUUUCUCGAUACCCUGAAAUAGCUUUCAAGAAAAGCAGCUGUCCCAAUAAGCAAUCAGAGGUGGACGUGGACGACAUGAAAGCAAAGAAUGAAGAAGUGGCAGACACUCAAAAUAAAGAAGUUGUCCAAGAAAAGAGUGUCGUCCACGUGUCGAAAGGCGAUGUCCAGAACAAAGAUUGCGCCAGAGAAAAUGUUGCAGCAAAAACUUACCAGCGAAGUAAGUCUGAGAAAACAAAGACAAAGGGAGCUGUGAUCGAUGAGAGGAAGAAGGAUAUUUUGAAGAGGUCAGAGGAUGAGAAGAAGUACGAGCCAAAUACUGUUGAAGACAAUGAAUUUUCGGUCAUGUCAGAUGAAGAACUGAACAGGAGAGUUGAAGAAUUUAUUCAGAGGUUUAACAAGCAGAUUAGGCUUCAAUCAGCAGCUACAGACUCCCACCAAGUCUAG